AUGAUACCCAUAUCCACUGUUCAAAACUCUGCUGUCUCGGGCGAUGAUGGAAUAGCGCGUGAUGUUGCUUUUCAAGCACUGAUCCCAUUCUCCGGAGCUUUCUCUCCUACACAAGUUCGAGGGCAAUUGGUUGGUCCAAUUCUCAACGGUCCACCAACGUCCAUUUGGAGGAGAACCACCAUUUCGCAUUCGAAUGCUGACGGGUCCUUCUGUUUGUAUGCUUGUGAGAGAACAGGUCAAGCCAUGUGGAUACCAAAUGGCGAUCACUUUGUGGCCGACAGAUCACAGAGUGGGCAGUCAUCUGGGACUGUCAUGGACUAUCUGUUCUCUCGCAGUACUCAGGCAGUUGGACCUCGAGGCUAUGACUUCUAUCAUACUGGUCGUACGGUUUCUGGCGAGAAUAGGAAUAUUCACCGACCCAGAAACACUCAUGCCAGUAUGAUAGAGAGAUCGGAGAGAACCGGGUCUACUCGACUGAUCCGCUUCAGUCCAAUGGCUCGUCAUGAACCAUCUGCGGCUGGAAGGGGGACCAGGAGGACGGCAGCCCGGCGAGAACGCAGAGAAAAUGCAUACAACUCUGGUGGUACAACAACACCACAACAACCACCAAUAACUCGAUUAACCAUUGCCACUGCCGCUACUACAACCACCGUCGUCAAUACCUCUACCAAUGAGACAAGUCCACAAUUGCAACAAUUGAAUUUAUCAGACGAAGAGGCGACGUGA